AUGGCCAAGCUCAGCUUCCAGGCCCUCCUCGUCGGGCUUCUGGCCUCGAGUGCUUCCGGCGCCCUGGACGGAAGCCGAUAUCUCUGGUACACCUCCCCGGCCACAGACUGGGAAACCGGCGUGCUGCCCAUCGGAAACAGUCGCCUCGGAGGGGCCAUCUUCGGCGGCGGCAACGAGGUCAUCACCAUCAACGAGGACACGCUCUGGGACGGACCGCUGCAGAACCGCAUCCCUGCCAAUGGGCUGGCAGCCCUGCCCAAGGUUCGCCAGAUGCUGCUCGCCAACAAUCUGACGGACGCCGGGAACCUUGUCCUGAGCCAGAUGAUGCCCGCAGUUGGCGGCGAGAGGCAGUUCAGCUACUUUGGCAACCUGAACCUCAACUUUGGCCAUGGCAGCGGCAUAUCAAACUAUAUCCGCUCCCUGGACACGCGCCAGGGCAACUCGAGCGUCUCGUACACGUUCAACGGCGUCACUUACACCCGUGAAUAUGUUGCCAGUGCCCCUGUUGGCGUCAUCGCGGCCCGGUUCACAGCAAGCAAGGCCGGUGCUCUCAGCGUGUCUGCCACGUUUUCACGCAUCUCAAACAUUCUAAGCAAUGUCGCCUCGACAUCUGGUGGUGUCAACAGCGUGACUCUGCAGGGAACCAGCGGCCAGGCCCAGAAUCCCAUUCUCUUCACUGGCAAGGCUCGUUUCGUGCCCCAAGGAGGCUCUGUCAGCGCCUCUGGUGGCACGCUCACCAUUACUGGUGCAACUACCAUCGAUGUCUUCAUCGAUGUCGAGACAAACUACCGCUAUCCCACCGCCAGCGCCCUUGCCGCUGAAGUCGACAACAAGAUCAACACGGCCGUGUCCCAGGGCUUCCAGAAGGUCCACGACGACGCCAUUGCGGACAGCAGCGCCCUUCUCGGCCGUGCCAACAUCAAUCUCGGAACAUCUCCCAACGGCAUUGCCAACCAGCCGACGGACCAGCGCGUCAAGUCUGCCCGCAGCGCAUUCAACGACCCUCAGCUGAUCGUCCUUGCGUGGAACUACGGCCGCCAUCUGCUGGUUGCCUCGUCUCGCGAUACUUCAGCAGCCAUCGACAUGCCUCCGAACCUGCAGGGUGUCUGGAACAACGCGACCUCGGCUCCCUGGGGCGGAAAGUUCACCAUCAACAUCAACACCGAGAUGAACCUGUGGCCCGCCGGCCAGACGAACCUGAUCGAGACGCAACUACCGCUCUUUGACCUGCUCAAGGUCGCCCAGCCCCGCGGCCAGGAGAUGGCCCAGAAGCUGUACGGCUGCAACGGCACCGUCUUCCACCACAACCUGGACGUCUGGGGCGACCCUGCGCCCACCGACAACUACCCGUCCAGCAGCAUGUGGCCCAUGGGGGCAACGUGGCUGGUCCAGCACAUGAUGGAGCAGUACCGCUUCACCGGCGACCUCGACUUCCUCCGCAACACGGCGUAUCCGUACCUGCUCGACAUCUCCAAGUUUUUGCAGUGCUACACCUUCACCUGGCAGGGCAACCGCGUGACUGGUCCGUCUCUGUCUCCCGAGAACACGUACGCCGUGCCCCAGGGGGCGAACGUGGCCGGCCAGCAGGAGCCCAUGGACAUGGCCCCUGAGAUGGACAACCAGCUGAUGCGAGACGUCAUGUCCGCCAUCGUCGAGGCGGCUGCUGCGCUCGGCAUCUCCAGCAGCGAUGCCAAUGUCAAGGCCGCCUCUGACUUCUUGCCUCUGAUCCGCACCCCUCGCAUCGGAUCCUAUGGCCAGAUCCUCGAGUGGCGAGCCGAGUAUCCCGAGACCGACCCGGGCCACCGCCAUCUUUCGCCCCUCUACGGCCUGCACCCGUCGAGCCAGUUCUCGCCCCUCGUCAACAGCACGCUCAGCGCCGCCGCAAAGGCCCUCCUCGACCAUCGCGUCGCAAGCGGCUCGGGAAGCACCGGCUGGAGCCGCACCUGGCUGAUGAACCAGUACGCCCGCCUCUUCUCGGGCGCCGACGUGUGGAAGCACAUUGUCGCGUGGUUCGCCACCUAUCCCACGCCCAACCUGUGGAACACCAACGGCGGCUCGACCUUUCAGAUCGACGGCAACUUUGGCUUCACCAGCGGCGUGACCGAGAUGCUGCUGCAGAGCCAGACCGGCACCGUCCACCUGCUGCCUGCUCUCCCCGGGUCCAACCUCCCGACUGGAAACGUCAGGGGCUUGCUGGCCAGGGGUGGCUUCCAGGUCGAUAUCGACUGGCAGGGCGGCAGCUUCAAGAGCGCUACUGUGACGUCGACGAGGGGAGGGCAGUUGAAGCUGAGGGUGGCCAACGGGCAGAGCUUCAAUGUCAAUGGGGCGAAAUACAAUGGACCAAUCUCGACCACCGCGGGAACCAAGUAUUCCAUUACUGUUUGA